GCCGUCGUAACUCAAAGAUCAUCGACGCUUCAAUUGACUCUUUUUCUCUGGCUGGCAACCUCAUUUUGUCAGCUGCAUUUUUUAAACCACAUACAUCCAAGAAAAACCACAAGAACAUCAAAAUCCUGGUCGUCGAACCCGACCAUGCUGAACAGAGCUCUUCUCCGAACGCCCUGGUUGCGACCAGCAAUCUUCAGCGCCUCACACCCCUCGAUCAGCGCAACAGCAGCCUCAGCACCGCGCUUCCCAGCCCUCUACGCCACCACCAGACCUCUCACCUCCUCCCCCUCCCGUCAAUCUGAACACCCACCCACGACAACCGCAGCGCCACCGUCCGAGACUGCUGCACUGCCAUCGCAAGACCCCGAACCCGCUACCACAGCCACCACCACUACCACAACCCCCGAACCCACCUCCCACAUCCCCUGGUACCUCCAAGACGAGCCCGACCAGCCCGCCACGCGCCCAAUCACCUCCGGCGACCAGAUCCCCGCCCUUCCGGAAAACCCGCCGGCCCUCCUCGCGGCGCUGCUGGAGUACACCUUCAAAGACUUAGGUCUGGACGGGCUGAAGCUCCUGGACCUGCGGGGACUGGACACGCCGCCCGCUCUGGGCGCCAACGUGAUCAUGAUCGUCGGCACGGCGCGCAGCGUCAAGCACCUGAACGUCUCGGCGGACCGGCUGUGCCGCUGGCUGCGGAGCACCUACAAGCUGACGCCGUUCGCGGACGGGCUGCUGGGCCGCAACGAGCUGAAGAUCAAGCUGCGGCGCAAGGCGAAGCGCGCGCGCCUGGCGAGCAAGUCCGGCACGCUGGUGGACGACAAGGACGACGGCAUCACGACCGGGUGGAUCUGCGUGAACGCCGGGAUCGUCGAGGAGGCGCCCCAGGCUGAGGUGGCGGCCGCGGAGGAGGCCGGGUUCGAGGGCUUCGGGAAUGCCGGGUGGGGCACGCGCGUGGUUGUGCAGAUCUUUACGGAGGAGAAGCGCGCCGAGGUGGAUUUGGAAGGGCUCUGGGAGAAGAAUCUGGCCCGUGUUGGGCGGCAGAGGGAGAGGGAGAGGGCCGAGCGCGAGGAUGGGGUGGAGUGGUUGUAGUGUAAGUAGUCUCCCGAGAAGAGGGGGUUCAUGAUGGGGUGUAAGAUUACGUGAAUGCAUUUCGGGGCGCUUAUGUACAUUAAAUUCCAUUCUGCUUUGGAGCCUUCCCCCUGGGUUGUGGGGGAGGU